CCCGGCCCCCUCGUGCAACUACACGCCAACCACCACGAGUUCGCAAAACGCGAGAGGAACUUGGCUCGCCGGCACACGCGAUCGGCCACGGCGGCGGUGCGGCGCGGCGCCACGGCCGAACAAUUGGUUCUUGACGCCCCCACCAAGGUCUUGUUCAGCGCGCGCGGCAAUCGCCAUGGUGACGAUGGAGCCCUUGGGUGCGUACAAGAAGGCAACGGCGGCGCUGGACGAGGCGGCGAGGGCUCGGCUACGGGGCCCGUUCACCAGGGACACCGCGCCCUCGCCGGCGCCGUCCCGGCGCGCGGAUGCCGACGACGGUCUGAUGGAUUUGGUGGACGAGUUCUACAACGGAUACGGCGAGCACGGCGCCGACGGCGCCGCCGCCAAGGACGCCGUGGCGGCGCGGGCAAAGGAGUGGAAGGAAACGCUGCGCCUCACGCUGGCGGGCGCGGCGGCCGACGCGGCGGCCGCGCGAAUCCGCGCCGAGGCGGAGCGCAUUGUCCGAGACGCCGGGUCAGCCGUCGUCGUUGGCGGCGGCGGGAUGAGGAAGCACCUCGCGGAGCGGCUCCGGGCGAGGGGUUUCAACGCCGGUCUCUGCAGGUCGUCGUGGGAAAGAACCAGCAGGGUCCCCGCGCCGGGCUCGCACGAGUACGUGGAGGUCACAACGGCGGGCUUCUCGCCGUCGGCGUCGUCUCGCUACAUCGUGGAGGUCAACGUCGCAGCCGAGUUCGAGAUCGCGAGGCCCAGCGCCCAGUACCAGGACCUCCUCUCGUCCCUGCCGCCGGUGCUCGUGGCGACGCCAGAGGCCAUGAGGGAGCUCGCCGCGGCAAUGUGCGGCGCGGCGGCGGAGUCCAUCCGCGGCGCGGGCAUGCACGUGCCGCCGUGGAGGCGCGCGGUGUACGCGCAGGCCAAGUGGUCCGGCCAGUUCGAGAGGGUGGAGGCCGCGGCGGGGCCACGGCCGGAAGCCGGAGCGAGGGCGGCGGCGCGCACCCGGCGGCCCGGCGGGCGGAAGAACUGCGGGAUGGAGAUGGGGCGCCGGGAGGUGGCCAUGGGCAGGGAGGCGUUGGUGAGCGUGAGGCCCUUGUUCCGAGGAUUGUGAGUGACAUGGGUGGGCGCGGGAGCGAGGAUUGUUCAGAGGCCUCUUUGCUUCUCGUAGCAGUAUUCUUUUGGGCCAUGGAGUGUGCUCAAUUGGCACGACCCAUGUGGUUGGAGAAAAAUUACAAAACCAUAUUAAAGUUAUUGCACAUAACUGUACAUUUUGGAAUUUGGGUUCCUUUGAAAUGAAAUAGAACCAAGU